AUGACAAAUGUCAAAAAGUUCUCAGACUUCACCGCAGAACAAAAGUUUAUUGGCGGCCAUCUGAAAACUGUCACACUCCCAGAAGGAAAAGUCGAACAAAGAUUGGCUCAGAUUUACCCUUUCCUAGCUAAAAAGGCAAUGUUUGACUAUGAAGAUGUUGAAAUACUAGUGGCUCAAAUAGUGGAUCUGGCGGAAGGCGAAACGCAAGACUCCGGUCAAUGUCCUUCAAGACCUCGGAGAAGACAUUGGGCUCAAUUUAAGCUUAACGACCCACAAUCAAACCAAAAGAGGAUUUCCUUGUUAGAAACUGUAGCUAUACGUCUAGGCCUCCUCAUGUUGUUAAAAUUACGGGACCAGAAAGGGAAGUCUCUCAUCGUCUGGACGGAAAACACGACUACAGAAAUGUCAGCUUGCUACUAUGGCAGAGACAACCUGUCAUAG